CCAAGACUUCACCGAAAUGCAACACCAGAACGGACCCAACUACAUCAUCGAAGAAGAAUAUGAUGAGGACUUGUUCCAGCCAAGGGACAAAGCCAUGCCCAGCUUUGGCUGUGACCCACACAGUCCAUGGGUACUAUGAUCUCAGCGACUGCCAUAUGACAUCACAACUAUCACCCAGAUUUCUUCUCCCCCAACCCUGACUCUAUAUAAACGCUGUUCUUCGUCCUCAUUUAAAUGUAACUCUACUACAACAACAACAACAAUUAACAGACUCUCAACGAAUCUAUCUCCCUUUCACAGAAAUCAACCCAACUCCCUAUUACAAACAUACACAAUGUCUUCCGGAGCAGGCCAAUCCAGCGUCGGCAGCCGCACCCUCUACGAAGCCGGUGACCAGCGCAACGUGCCCCAGUCUGAGAUCAACGAGCAGAACCGCUACGCAGAGGGUCAGAAGAACAGCCACAAGAACCUUGAUUCGAAGGACCAGCGCUCCAUCGGCAACAAGCUUGCCUCGCAAGAAAGCAAGCCCGAGAGCGACCACCACCACAACUUUGUCCAGAACCCUGAGGCUGAGCUCAGCAAGCAGGAUCCUACUAAGCCGGCCAAGGUGCACGGUAACAAGCCCUCCAAGGGUGCUGAGAUCGAUGCCGAGUUGCAGGCUGAGGAUGAGCAGCGCUUGCGUGAGAAGGGUAUCAAGAAAUAAAUGAUGUAAUGUUGGAGACGGAAGGAAGGAUGGAUGGAAAAGCUAUAUACUAUAUCCUUUUUGAAUGACUGCAUGAAUGGCUGACGCCUGGGGCGAUAGCAUAUCACUAUUAUUCAAUUUACAAUGAUCC